AUGAUAGAACAAAUUAUGAGCAAGUCCAAAGAUGUUUUCAGUGAAGAACUCGGUGCUCUCAAAGACAUUAAGGCAAAGAUUACCCUUAAAUCUGAUGCUAAACCCAAGUUUUGCAAGGCAAGACCAGUCCCACAUUCUCUGAAACCUGCUGUGGAUAAGGAGAUAGACAGACUUAUACAGUUAGGAAUAUGGACACCAGUAAAAUACAGCGAGUGGGCCACAUCCAUUGUCGUUGUGGCUAAGCGGGAUGGAACAGUCCGAAUAUGUGGGGAUUUCAAGGUAACCCUGAACCCAAACAUUGAAAUUGAUCAAUAUCCGCUUCCCAGAGUGGAUGACAUUUUUUCUUCAUUAGCUGGAGGACAACAUUUUACCAAGAUUGACCUGAAAAAUGCUUACCUACAGAUGGAAGUGGAAGAGGAUCAACGGAAACUGCUUACUAUUAACAGACACAAGGGUUUAUUUCAGUUCAAUAGACUCAUGUUUGGUGUAGCUUCAGCCCCGGCAGUGUGGCAAAGAGCAAUUGAUCAGGUGUUACAGGGAAUCCUGGGAGUCCACUGCAUGAUUGAUGACAUGAUCAUCACAGGAUGUACUCGUGAAAAUCACAUUGAAAACCUUGAAAAAGUCUUGACCAGACUACAAGCGUUCAAUUUGAGAGCCAACAUUAAGAAAUGCGAUAUUUUCAAGGAAAGCAUCGAAUUCUGUGGGCACAAGAUUGACAGAUGCGGACUUCACAAAACAGAGGAAAAAGUGAGGGCAGUUGUCAACACAAAGUCUCCGUCCAGCGUGACAGAAUUGCGUGCAUUCCUAGGGCUGGUGAACUACUAUGGCAAAUUCAUGCCCAACUUGUCUACCAUUCUGAGACCCCUACACCAUUUGCUAGAAAAAAAUUCUGCAUGGCAAUGGACCAAGGAAUGUGAGAAGGCAUUUCAAAGACUUAAUGAAAUCUGA